AUGUGCCUCACCGGAAUGUCGUCCUCAUUAGAGACCUACCACGACUUUAGCGCGGCGGGCAGCGUCACCAGCCAGCAGUUCAACAUUGCCAUAGGGACGCUGUUGGCUUCCAUGUCCAAGAUCCUCCUCAGCAUGGCCAUAUCCACGGCGCAGGAGCAGCAUGCCUGGAAUACUCUCAAGACACAUCCUUCAAAGCUCCGUUUAAUUGACGGCUUAUUGGCUUCCAAGUCUAAUGCUCUGAGCAUUUUAGAUGCCAGGCUUUGGCUGCGAUACCCACUUUCCAUGUUUUUGUCGCUUCUCUUCUGGUGA